AUGUCAUCAGAUGACAAGGACAAGGCUGUCAUUCAGCAUGAAGAGGACGUGACAGUAUCGCCGCCAUCCGAGAGCGCAGUCAUUAAUUCGACCGAGAGCACUAACAUAACUUGGAAGACAUGGGUCGUAAUCUUCAUUCUGUCAUCAUGCUUCGGUUUAUCAUUUUGGCCCGUUCCAACAACAUCCGCCAUGCAGACUACGCUGGCUUCGAAACUCGGUGAUGCUGGUGGAACCUCAGUCUACUGGUACAUUCCCGCUUACACGACAGGAAAUGCCCUAGGAUUUCUCAUCGCUGGGGCCAACAGCGAUCUGUUCGGACGCAGGAUCUUCUUAUUGGUCGGGGAAGUCGCUGCAGCCGUGGGCAUGCUAGUAUCCGCUACCGCCAAGAGCCCACAGCAGAUGACCGCAGGACUGGCAAUCGCCGGCUUUGGCGGUGGCUUCUGUCAAAUGGCGAUGUGCUCGAUACCGGAGCUGAUGCCAAACAAGUAUCGUCACAUUGGCAUAUGCAUUUCGGACGGGUUUGUCUUCGUAAUUGUCAUCAUUGGCCCUAUCGUCGGCCGUUAUGCCAUUGAUACCGGAGAUGCUUGGAAGCACAUCUAUUAUGGUGGCUUCAUCGCUCAAGUCUUCUCUCUGAUCGGACUUUACGUUUUGUACCAUCCACCGAAGCAUCCUAAAGGCGUUUCCUGGAAGGAAGCAAUCUUUGGGUUGGAUUAUAUCGGCACACUGCUGGUCAUCCCGGGAGUCUGCUUGGCCCUGGUCGGAAUCAUCAAUACUACGUAUAUAUCAGUUUCGGAUGUGAUGGUGAUCGUACCACUCGCUGUAGGACUUGGCCCUUUGGUGCUAUUCGGCUUCUGGGAGACGCUGUCGAAUACGAGAUACCCACUCUGUCCGCCGCAAAUUUUUAGCGCGCACCAUGGCCGCCAAUUCACAGCGCCUUUUAUUCUUGCUUUCAUCGUUACUAUGUUCUAUUAUGGGCUAAGAACUAUCAAUGUGAUCUAUCCAACGAUGAUCAAUGUUUUCUACGUCACUCCAGAGACGCCUCGUUCUGAGCAGCUCCUCCUUACACUGCCAGGGAACAUAGGCUUGGUUUUUGGUGCGAUUCUUUUGAUUUGUUUUGGCAAUCUCCUAGGCCACUGGAAGUGGACUCUUACGAUCUCCUGGAUUGGCAUGACUCUCUUUGGUGGUCUGAUGGCUCUUGUCACUCCAUACAACAAGGGCGCGAUGAUUGCCCUUGCCUUCCUUGAACAGACUUGCUUCGGCUGGGCACAGUACGAAUCCAUCGCGUUCACACAGCUUGGCGUCCACCAACAUGAUCUUGGCAUGUCUGGAGGGUUGGCAGGUGUCGCUCGAUAUGCAGGUGGCUCUCUGGCGCAAGCUAUCUAUACGAGCGUGUUGACCAACACGCAGACGUCAAGAGCCGCUACGCUGGUCCCGAAAGCAGCGAUGAAUGCAGGCGCUAGUGAGUCGGUGGCAGCAGCUCUGCUGGAAGCUCUCACUGCCGGCGGGAAUGGAACGUACAGCGUUCAUGGCAGUGAUGCUGAGAUUCUUGGCGCAGCAAGUGAAGCCUUCCAAUGGAGCUAUGCAUACGGGCUGAAGAUCACUGCUCUGUCGUCGCUUGCGUUUGGUGGACUUGGCUUGGUGAUGUGUCUCUUACUAGAGAACAUCGAUGCGAAGAUGAAUGAUCAGACGAAUGUCUUCCUGGAGAACGAUGUCAAUGCAGAGAAAAACGAGUUUCACUGA